UGAUUUUUUCAUUUCUCCUGGUUCUGAGCCUGUGCUCAGCCCAUGAGCCAAGUGCCCGGCCUUUGCCAGCAGAAGACAAGGCCGCUUUGCCAUGAGCAUGGAAAGUCUUUCGUGGCUUCCGCCGGAUCAGCGCGGGGAGAUCGUGUCAAGGCCCUGGAGCCCUGAGGACUACGGCGCCGUAGAGCUCCGGAACGCAGCGGCCCGCGGGGCUCUGCGCCUGGAGACGGCCUGUGGCCAGAUGGUGUCGGAGGUGCGCUUCAGCCCGGAGGGCUGCGAGCUGCGCGGCCGGCCGCGGGGGAAUGGAGCCGCCGGGCCCGCGAGUUCCUUCGCGGAGGGCUGGGAGACGCCCGCGGGGGACUUCCCGGGCUGCUUCUCCCUGCGGUGGUGCUGGGAGGAGUUCGAUGAGUGCUGGCUGCUCUGGGCGGAGCUCGGCACCGCGGAGACGCUGGUCCUGGAAUGCAUGGAGGAGAGCUGGAACCAUUUGCGCCUGGUGACCUGGACGACGUCCGGCCCACCCCAUUUGGAGGUCGACCUCCUUCCAAGGCCGCUGGCCAAUCCCAACCAGGAUCUGCAAGUCAGCCUGCUGAGCUUCCAAAUCGAAUGUCUCAAGCUGGAAGCAGAGCCACAGUUUCGGCAGCAGUGCGAUGCAUUGCAGCAGCUCCUCCAACAUAUCACGCAGCCGAAGCCAGAACCGCCACCGCCACAACAGCCGCAGCCACAACAGGAGCCAGACGUGGAGAUUCCGCCAAAGACGCGGCCGGAGAAGCCGGGCGACUCGGACUCGCUGCAGCAGCUCCUGGCGCAGAUCGAGCAGGAGAAGCCGCAGGAGCUCAUGGAGCUCACGCCGCCUCCAGAAGUGAGGCCACUCGAGAAGCCGGAGAAACCCGUGCGACAGAGGGCGCAGAGGAAACCGCAGUUGCCGCAGGCCUUCGUUCCAGGGGCCCCUGGUCUCAUCGCGCAACCCCCGGCCCUUUUGAAGAUGCAGCCCAUGGCACCGGACAUGGGCCUGUGGCAGGCCCCGACCUACGCGGAGGGCAUGGGGUGGUACGGCCUUUGCCCGGCUGCGGCGCAUGAGGCCUGGCUCCAGGCCCAGGCCCGAGCACUGGCGCCAGCCCCGGCGCCGCCAAAACCGCCGAAGCCCCCGCCGGAACCUGCCCAGCCAGAGGAGGAGGUCGACCGCCCAUUGGGCAAAGUCAGGUGCUUCCUGCCCAACGCGGCUUUGCCGGGGGCAGACGGGCACCUGCUGAGGGUGCAGAGCCUGAAGUGCGGGGACCGCGUGCGGCUCUGGGGUGGCAAGGAGUCUGAGGUGCUGGAUGUGAAGCACACCAAAUCCAAGAAGAAGCCCCAUGACCUCGUGGAUCUCAGCACGCACCAGGGCGCCUUUACUGUCUCCAAGGCCCAACGGGUUACAGUCCCGGACCCCAAAGGCCCUCACGAUCAAGGUGUGGGUUCAUUGAAGUCGGGUGAUCUGGUGAUAGUUGGCAACAAAGAGCGGGCGCUGACCAAGGUUUCAACCAGAAAGGAGCGCACGGAUAUAUACGAAGUCAUCCUGGACGCGGACGGUCCCCUGGAGACCUUCCAGGUGCCCAGUUGGGGGAUCCUGACCUUGGGCUGCCAGAUGGAUUGAUGAAAGCGGAGGCGUGUCGAUGGACAACCUGCGGACGCAGGUGAGGCUCCGCUUUGCUUGGCAGCCGGAGUUCGGUAUGGGCGCAGAAAGGCUGAGAGGGAUAGCACCGGAGCUUGCUGAGUUCAGCUCAGGGCUCAGGUCCCCCUCUCCCUUGCGCCAUCUCCCAUUGGGCAGCUUCAUGAUUGACGGCUCUCGUUGUGAGUCGGGCUCGCAGAGCUUUGAACCCAACGGGACUUCAAAGUCUUCCGUUGCCUGCUAUUCUUUGAAUCCGACCUCCAGUGGCAAAGACGGCUAUACGAAGCGACCAGACAGC